AUGAAGACCGCUGGAGCACAGCGCGCGGCCGUUCGCCCACGUGUUGGCCGGAAGAUGGUCUGCAAGGCCUCUGCGGACGUGGCGCGCGUCGCGGUGCUGGGUGCAUCGGGCUACACGGGGGCGGAGGUGGUGCGGCUGUCCGCGCUGCACCCAAACAUCACGAUCGCCGCGCUCACUGGCGAGAAGCAGGCUGGCAAGAGCUUUGCCGAGGUGUUCCCGCACCUGGUCAGCGCCUCCAACAUCGGCGCGCUGGUCAAGAUCGCAGACGUGGACUUUGACCAGGUGGACGCCGUCUUCUGCUGCCUGCCGCACGCGACGACGCAGCAGAUCAUCAAGUCGCUGCCCACCAAUCUGAAGAUUGUGGACCUGUCGGCUGACUUCCGCCUGCGGGACGUCAACACAUACGCGCAGUGGUACGGCGGCGAGCACGCGGCCCCUGAGCUGCAGGAGGAGGCGGUGUACGGCCUCACUGAGCUGAAGCGCGAGGAGGUCAAGAAGGCGCGGCUUGUGGCCAACCCAGGGUGCUACCCCACGACCGUGCAGAUCCCCCUUGUGCCGCUGCUGGAGAAGGGCCUCAUCUCCAAGGAUGACAUCAUCAUCGACGCCAAGUCGGGCGUGUCUGGCGCCGGCCGCGCGGCCAAGGAGUCCAACCUGUACACAGAGAUCGCAGAGGGCAUCAACGCCUACGGCGUCUCAUCCCACAGGCACAUGCCCGAGAUCGAGCAGGGGCUGUCCGACGCUGCAGGCGCGGACGUACGCGUCAGCUUCACGCCCCACCUCAUGGGCAUGCAGUCCACCAUCUACGUGAAGCUCGAGAACGGCGCCACCCCCGACUCGCUGCGCGCCGAGCUCGAGGCGCGCUACGCCGGCGAGCCCUUUGUGCGCAUCCUGCCCAAGGGCGUGGUCCCGCACACGCGCCACGUGCGCGGCUCCAACUUCUGCUUCAUCAACGUCUUCCCGGACCGCAUCGCAGGGCGCGCCAUCGUGAUCUGUGUGAUUGACAACCUCGUCAAGGGCGCCAGCGGGCAGGCCCUGCAGAACCUUAACCUCGUGAUGGGAUUCCCUGAGACCACUGGGCUCCUGCAGCUUGCCAUGUUCCCUUGA